UUCCUCUCCAGCUAUUCCAUUUUACCACGCAUAGUUGCUGCGGUGAACAGCAUUCCAAUAAUAUCGCAGCCAUGUCGAUGGAUUUGGAUGGACCUGUGCCGAUUGCGGCUAUCCAACAGGAAGAGCAGAUUGCAACCAUUCUUUGCUGCAACUGCGGUGCCCCCAUUGAUGGUACAACUGCAGCCGGUGCACUUUGCCAGGACUGCAUCAAACUUACCGUUGAUAUAUCCCAGGGGAUUCAGAGAGAGGCUACUUUACACACCUGUAAAGACUGCGAACGAUGGCUGCAACCGCCAAACAGCUGGGUCAGUGCAGCUCCUGAAUCGAAGGAGCUUCUGGCCAUAUGCCUGCGCAGACUUCGUGGACUGUCCAAAGUCCGCAUUAUCGAUGCCAGUUUCAUUUGGACAGAGCCACACUCGAGACGAAUUAGGGUCAAAAUCACAAUUCAACAGGAGGCUUUCCAGAACACGAUUGUGCAGCAGACGUUCGAGGUUAUGUAUGUAGUGGCAACACAACAGUGUGUGGAGUGCGCCAAAUCCUACACCAGGAAUACCUGGCAAGCGUCCGUUCAAGUGCGACAGAAGGUGCCGCACAAGCGAACAUUCCUCUACCUCGAACAGCUCAUCCUUAAACAUGGUGCACAUAAAGAUACUGUCAACAUUAAAGAAGCCAAGGAUGGAUUGGACUUUUACUUCGGCCAGAAAAACCAUGCCGAGAAGAUGGUUGAGUUCUUGUCGUCUGUGGCACCGACCAGAGUGAAGAAAGCUCAGGAACUGAUCUCGAUGGAUGUGCACACAUCAACCAAAUCAUACAAGUUCACAUAUUCUGUCGAGCUCAUACCGAUCUGCAAGGACGACUUAGUUGCUCUACCGCUCAAGUUGGCCCGAUCUCUAGGCAACAUCGCUCCGUUGACGCUCUGCUACCGGGUCGGUACAGCGGUCAAUCUCCUCGACCCCAAUACCCUCCAGACGACAGAAGUCCCCACUCCGACGUACUGGCGAUCACCGUUCAAGAACCUCGCAGAUGUCACUGAACUAGUGGAGUUCAUCAUCAUGGAUAUCGAGCCAGUCGGACACACAAAUGGACGAUUCCACCUUGCCGAAGUAACGGUUGCGCGUGCUUCAGAUCUGGGCGCCAACGACACCACGUACUUUGCUCGUACACAUCUCGGAGGAGUCCUUCAUGUUGGUGACUCGGCGCUCGGGUACCACCUGACAGGAGCGAACUUCAACGAUGAGAAUUUCGAAGCCAUCGAAGCGAGCGGUCAGUAUGGCUCCACCAUCCCGGAUGUGAUCCUCGUCAAGAAACACUAUGCGCGCAAGAAGAAGCCCAAGUCCCGCAGCUGGCGCGUCAAGCGUAUGGCGCGAGAAUAUGAGGAGGAGGCAUUGGCAGCUGGCGGCCGCAGGAAAGAAGACCAAGACCGACUCGAACAGGACUUCGAAAUGUUCCUUCGGGAUAUUGAAGAGGACCAGGAACUUCGGAGUACGCUUGCAUUGUAUAAGAACAAGAAUGCCCGGCCCAAGGCGGAUCGCAUGGAGGGCGUUGAAGGAGGCAUGGAUGAGAUGGUCGAGGAUAGUGAGAGCGACGAUGGGGUCCCCAAGAUCAAUAUGGACGAGCUACUUGAUGACUUCGAUGAGCUGAACAUGAACGAUGAAUGAGUUCGUUCGUGUUUAUAGAUAAUAUUGAUGACAUUGGGUAUGGCGUUCGUGGUUGAUAGUUUUGUGAAAUCCUAGAUAUCAGCGGAAUUCCAAAAGUUUCUGAUGCAUAAAACAUGCGUACUAUGUAGAGAUUGCAUUUUUUUGACUAUCUCCAUGCAUGAAAUGAACAUCGCUAAAAGAACGGUCAAACACGAAAAUCUAGAAAAUCUUCCCCAACACCCUCUUCGUAUCUUCAGCAAGCUGAACAUUCCCAUCACCCCCCUUAACUUCAUUCUGCCUGAACAACCUCCUAACCUGAGCAUCCCCUUGUCUCUCUUCAGUUCCAGCUCCAGCUCCAUCAUCAUCCUUAUCCUUCCUCCUCUUUUCCGCCUUCUUCCUCUGAAUCCCAUCAAGAACCUUCCCUUUCUCAACACCAGCAAGGAACACCUUCUCCUCCUUCCUCGCCCUUGAAUCCUCAACCCUCCUCCUCGCUUCCCGUUCCGACCUCUCCCUCUGCACUUGUUCCAUGAGGUCAUCCCACUUGAACCCGCGAAGAUACUUCAUAUUCCACAGAUCAUCAUGAUACCACCCACCCUUUUUCCCACCGACGAUCGACGCAUUCAGCGUCUCCGCGCAGAUCUUUGCUGUCUUCUUCGAUGCAAAUUCAACCCAUCCGUCCGUGUAGGUUUUGCGCUUGUUCGAUCUCCGUCUUGUGCUGUCCGUUGCGGUAGGGAUGGCAGGUGUUAGGAAGACCCUGGUGAUAGGGGCGAAACCGCGGGCUUCGAGCAUCGAUUUUAGGGCGCUUGGACGUAGGUAUGGUGGGAGGGUUGAGAGGUAGAUUACGCCUGUUUUGUUCUUGGUGGGUUUGAUGUCUUUAUUCUUCUUUUUCUUCUUCUUGUCUUGCUCCGGUUUGGAAUCUGGUGUUGUUGUUGUGGUGGUGUCUUGCUGUUCUGGCGUUGAGUCGGUUUCCUUCUUAUUCGUCUUGUUGGGUUCUGUAAUGCCAUUGUCUUCUUUUUCUUCUUCUUCUUCUUCUUCGCCAGACAUGAACUCAUCCGUCAUGGCCAUCCGCCUCCGUUUCAGAGAUCGUCCCUUGCUCUCCUCCGCGGCGUCGGAGUCGUAGCCGCUGCCCUCGUUUCCUUCGUCAUCGCUGGACGGGAUGUCUAGAAAUUCGUUCCUCUUUCGGAUUGUCAUUAUUGGGAUCUGAUUGAUCAGUAGAUAGAAAAUUUAAUUAUGAACGUCGCG